AUGGUGAGAAGCCCAGCUCAAACCAACUACCAUAAUAUCGUCAUUGGAUCUAUAGGGCUCAAGUACAAGCAUAAACUUAGAAAAAUCAUGGAUAUUCGAAAAUGUUUAAACAUGAAAACCUCAAGCAAACGUGAGGAUAAAUCAGAUAAUGAAAGUCCUCUAAAGAAAAAAAAGGCUACUAAUGAAGAGCAGCCUAAAUUUCAAGGGGAGCCUACUGUUGAAGAAGAUGCUUUGAUGGCCUCUUGUUCAUUUAGCACAAAUAGAGAAGAGCAAAAGGAAUGGAGUAAUGACUUGGGAAGCUAUAUAGGUUUGCAACUAGCAAAUAAUUUUAUAAAAACGUUUUCUGGUAAAAAACCUACUGUUACUGAUCUAUUGGAUAAUCAAGAAAGGCAAAUAAUAGAAGAAAAUAGAAAAAAACUGGUACCUAUUAUUUCAACAAUUUUAUUGUGUGGAAAGCGUGACUUGGCACUGAGGGGGAAAGAAGAAGAUGGAAAUUUUGAAGAACUUCUGAAAUUUAGAGUUGAAAGUGGUGAUAAACUACUAGAAAAUCAUUUGGCGACGUGCUCUAAGACAGCAAAGUAUACAUCUCACCAAAUUCAAAACCAACUUAUUGAAUUAUGUGGAAAGGUAAUUCGUCAGCAUAUUAUAGAUGAAGCUAACGAAAGUGUUGGUUUUUCUGUGCUGGCUGAUGAAACCGCUGAUAUAGCAGGCAAGGAGCAACUCUCCAUUGGUAUCAGGUACUUGGAUAAAAGUAAUAUUAUAAAUGAGCAUUUUCUUGGUUUUACGGAAUUAAAAGCAAUGAAUGCUCACGCCAUUUCAAGUGCAAUUUUAAGUGUACUGAGAGAUUUGAAGCUAAAUUUAAAUAAACUUGUUGGUUUGGGAUUUGAUGGGUGUUCCACGAUGGCUGGUAAAGAAAACGGAGUGCAACAAUUAAUUAGAAAUGAAUAUCCUAAUGCAACCUUUUUUCAUUGUUCCUCCCAUAAACUUAAUUUAGUUAUCAAUGAUUUAAAUUCUAGAGAGUCCAAAAAGGCGUGCAAUGGUUUUCAACUUGCCGUUGUUGUGCGAGACCAGGUGGUCAGCAAAAUAUAA